AAACAAACCGCCCAGAAGUGACAGAAUCAGAACGAAAGGAGAGAAGUGAAAGGAUGAGUGUGUUCGGAGGAGACAGUUGGGCAAGAGAGGCUCAACAGAGGAAGAGGAGAGUGGACGAUCUCAUCGUAGAAGGCGUCGACGCGUCCUCCUACAGGAAGCUCUCGAGCGGAAAAUUUGCUUGCUUUGUCUGCUUACACAAUCCCAUUCUCGACAAUCCUCUUAUGCUCUCCAUGCACCGCAAGGGAUCGCGCCAUCGUGCUGCCGAUUCACGUCUGAAGGAAAAGGAAUUGUCAAGACAAUAUGAGAUCAACAAGAGAAUAGCAUUUUCGGAAUCCCCUACCAGGUUUGACAACUCUAGUACUUAUGCCCAAAAAGUCCGAUUAGCAAGUAAACCUCUGAUUCAACAAACAAGGAAGGCCACUUCUGAGAUAAUUAGCAACACGAAUCCUCCGCAGAAGUCCAGAAAUGGAAGUUGUAAUGUGAAUUUCAACUGGGAGGGUGCCACAAAUGCAGAAUCGGCACUUGGUGAAAGUAGCUCAGUUCCAUUGCUAGAAUCAAAUAACGUAAUGGUUGCACAACACCAGUUGGAUUUGAGGGAGCGCCGGGAGAGAGAGCUCAAGUUUAUCGAAGCAGGUUGGAAGCGUGAUGGUCAUGGGAAAUGGUUUAAAGAUGAAAAUGUUGAAUUUGAUUCUGACGAGGAGGAUCCAAAUGACUGUCUUCUAUAGAAGCUGUAGAUCACUAAAUUAUUGUUGAUAAGCAAGUGGCUAAUUACUCAAUAUGACCUCACAGUUGGAUACAUAAGUCCAAACUGAUUGCGUUUGAAUACUCAUCAACCAAUGCUGAGAAGUGAGAACAUCUAUUCAAAGUGGAAGCUUUAUAGGAUGCUGAAGAUUAUUUGGUUGAUGGAAAUUUUAUUAUCGCCUCGUGUAACAUUAUAGGCACUUGCAUUACUCAGUUUCAAUUGGAGAGGUAUUUCAUAUGAUUCCUUAUCUCUCUCUUUUUUCUUAUUUUCCUUUUCCUGGCGACCUUUGUAAUCACAUCGUAUAACAAGAUUAGUGAU